AUGGUCAUCUUGCAGAGAGCUUCGGCCUGUCAAUUAGGCUAUAUGCGCCAUACAGUAAACCUAAUAUGCACACAGCGAGACAGCUGCGUAUAUGAGUACAACGAGGAAAUCAGUUUCAAUAGACUCAACUCAAAUUUGUGCAUACAAAUUAACCAUGGAAACAAAACCGUAGGACUGAUCAAGGUCUACCAUUACCCAAUAAAGCUUACGUGCUCCAAGGUAUCUCGUUUCUUCACUAGAGAUUCGGUGCCGAAGAUACACCAUUCUCUACGAUGUCCGCAAAUGGGAUCGUGCUAUGAUGAGAGGUGCAGCAGUUUUCGAAGAAACGAAGUCAUUCCAGAAUUAAGCGACACUGCAAGGCACCCAGGAUAUUCUACCUGCGCAUCAUCCUGCGGAGGACUCGGUUGCGGUUGCCUAUUACCUCUACCCUCAUGCUCAUUCUAUAGGUUCGUCCAUGAACCUAUAUCUGAGGUCGCCUAUGAAGUGGUAGAUUGUUCGGAAUGGAAACCAGUAGUUACGGUAGAAAUCCAUACGACGCUGUACAACGUUGCCAAAAGAAGCCGAUAUGUGCUGCAGCCAUACGUUGAACAGAUAGCGGAUGACUUAAAAAUGACCGUAGUUUCUAUACAAAAUCCUCGGUCACCUAUGAUGGACCGAAGAUUCGCCGUGAGUUCCAAGGACGCGGUCAUGAUACCAGAGAAUUACAAAAUUCCUGUUGAAUGCGCAACAGAAAAAGCAGCCGUUAAUAACUACGCCAAUUGCACUUCUCAUUUUGAGUGCAUCUGUCACGACUCAGCUCGUGUCGAAAUAGGCAGGUCUGAGACUCCGCGUUCCUCACAAGAUUCAAAUCAAUCUCUCACAGACAAGGUCCACACUAACUUAAUAACCACUGCCGAUUACUCAACAGUGAAGAUAUCUAUGAAUACUAAGAAAAGGAAAUAUAUCUUAUUCCUUCUCAGCCGAAGUCGUCUAUUAUUGCAAUCUACAGCGGCCCCAUCAUAUUAUUGUCAUAAUUUGAGUACGUGA